ACUCUUUGAUUUUGUUAUGCCUAACGGCACAUCUGGAACUCAUGGCCGAAGUGUAGUAUGCACACACCUGUAUAUAGUUGAUGAUUCUUUUUUAAUGAGUGCACGAAGUUUGAUUAUUUUAUCGAAAUUGAGUAGCUAUGGCGAUGUAAAAUCUAGGACAACAAAGGUGGGACCUGAACUGUGAAAUACGUUUAACAGGUUGAGUCCGGUUGAACAGAGCAAACGAGAACCAAUAAAGGAAAGCAAAUGAGUCUUUACACAAAUGCGUGUCUUGUGAUUUUGGGAUACUUCUUUUCCUCCAUAAUCGUUCUAAAUACAUGUAAAAAGCUAGAGGGAUAUAAGUUUCCAGUGCAUUCAACAAAAUUUUGUCCAGGAAAUGAAUCAGAGUGGAACAAAAGAGCGUCAGCUCUCAACUGUAACAAGACUAAUGGCUACACGUGUUUACCGAACGAAAACUUCACGGAGCUGUUAGAAUUCUGUUACACAGCACCUUUUAUAUGGAUUCAGGAAGGCGUGUGUUUAUACCUAAAAAGAAGAGGUUCAUACGUUGAUGCAUACAACUGUAGUCACUUCAUAGAUGGAUGUCACAAUACCUCAUAUCAAAGCAGUAGAAUCUUUGAUUAUCCAGCUUGUAUAACUAUUGGUGAUGGUUGUCUCCUGGCCGAACAAUUUUGUAAAAGUUCUCCAAACACAACUCACCAUCCUGAAACAUCAGAACUUGACACGGAUGACUGGCUCUGGGUCUUGAUUGUGAUAAGCAUCGUUGUCGUUUGUUUUUCAUCAUGUAUGCUGUACGUCUACCGUAAAAGAAAAUUUUCCAGUUGCAAAAGAGGCAAUGAUAUAAAAAAUACAUCAAUUGAAUUAGAAGAACUAAACGUUCUUAUAGCAGACACUGAAGAUGUGAAGAAUGAUAUUUCUACAGAACAAUCAACCAUAGAAAAAGCCAUAUUCAGUCAAUGGAAACAAGACGACUUUUUUUUUAUUUCAACCAAGGCAUGUAAAGAUGUGGAAAAAAAUAUAAAAAACAGAAACCUGGUUAUUGUGACAGGUCACUCGGGAUCCGGAAAGUCCGCCAUCAUCCACCAUAUUGCACUCAAGUACAGAGUACAGGGCUGGGUCGUAAAACGACUAAAAAAAGUAGAAGAUAUUGUGGAUAUAUAUUCUUCAAGUCGAUUUCAGAAAUAUAAAACCAUUUGUGUUUUUAAUGAUCCGUUCGGAAAAGAAUCUUUUGAUGAAUUAUUAAAUAAACCAUGGCAAACAUAUGAAGAAGAAUUAAAGUUGUACUUAAAAACAGCAAAACUUAUUAUGUCGUGUAGAAAUCACAUAAUUUCCGAAACGAGAUUGACACGUUUUAACGUUUAUCAAUCACAUAUCGUAGACAUCGAUGAUAACAAAAAUAAAUUAACUGUUGAAGAAAAACGGCAGAUUUUGAGAACAUAUAAAAUCGAUAAGAACUUAUCAGAUGAAGAUUGUGAUAAAAUCGUUGAAGUUGAAACUUAUUUCCCGUUAUUGUGUAAAUUAUAUUCUAACAAAGAAGAUAACGGAAAAAAAAAUAUCAAAUUUUUUACAGAACCCGUAACAGUGCUGACGGAGGAAAUACUAGGGUUCAGAGCAAAAGACAGGACUAAAUAUUGUGCUUUGGCUCUUCUUGUUCUUUUUAACAAUGACAUUUGUGUCAGUGAUCUUUUAAAAGAUAGCGACACGGAAAAUAAAUUUAAUCACACAUUAAAACUUUGUGGACUACCAGAAAACACACCACCCUUAGCUAUCAGGGACUCUCUUAAUUCUCUAAAGGGCUGUUUUGUAAAAUCUAUUGGAGAUAAGUAUCAGUUUAAUCACGAUUUUGUGAUGGAAGUUACAACCCAAGUGUUUGGAACAGAUUAUCCUGCAGAAAUAAUAAGAUACGCUGAAACCGGCUUCCUCAGAAGAAGGGUACGAUUAGGAGAUUGUGAAAAACACAACGAUUCGUUCAGUAUUUAUCUGAGUGAACGGUAUAUAGAAGAACUCGGAGAAAGACUUCUUAAUGAACUGUUUGAAGAACACUUUUUAGAUGUUGUGCUCAGUCCUUGUCUAAGGAAUGAAAAAGUUAUUGAAUUACUGAAAAAAAAGAUAGCAGCUAACCCCGAAAAUAUACGCAUGUUUCUGAAAAGAAAGAAAGUUACAAUUGAUAAACAAGAGGUUGAUGAUACAUCAAAAAAUUUACUCUUGACCAAACUCUCAUUUUUGGAUUUAGAAAAGGAAGUAUCUCCACUGAUUGCUCUGAUUGUAUUCUGUCAUACACAUUUAUCACAAUAUUGCUUAAAUAUUCUACAGCAAAUGAACAGCAGUUCUAAAAGAAAUUUUUUUGCAUGGGUUGUAACAAAAUUGUUUCGUAAACCCCCAAAACUUGAUGAUGUGACCUGCUAUUUUUCUGCAAUGUGUUGCAAUGGCUCAACAGAGUUGAUCAACAGUGUUUUUAAAGACCCAACAAAAAAAUUAUUUGCCAGACCUUGGAAAGUUUUAUUUCCUAUUCACAUUGUAGCUUUGUUUCAUAAUUAUCACCUACUUUUUGAUAUGAUAAAAAAUGAUGAAGAUGUCAAUCUGAAGACGAUAGGAAAAGGCGGUUGGACCCCUUUAAUUUUAGCAGCUGGUAACGAUACCCAGGAUUAUGGACACUGUAAGCAUGAAGAAUCAGGUGAAGAACGAAGAGAUAAAACUGUACGACUGUUACUGAUUAAAGGAGCAGAAAUUAAUUUAUGCAAUGAAAACGGAGCCAGUCCUCUGUUAAUAGCUUGUCAAAACGGACAUGAUAGCACUGUACAACUUUUACUGAGUAAAGGAGCAGCCAUUAAUUUAUGUUUAAAGGACGGAGCCAGUCCUCUUUUUAUAGCUUGUCAAAACGGACAUGAUAGAAUUGUACAACUGUUACUGAGUAAAGGAGCAGACAUUAAUUUAUGUAUGGAGGACGGAGCCAGUCCUCUUUUCAUAGCUUGUCAAAACGGACAUGAUAGCAUGGUACAACUUUUACUGAGUAACAGAGCAGACAUUAAUUUAUGUAUGGAGAACGGAGCCAGUCCUCUUUUUAUAGCUUGUCAAAACGGACAUGAUAGCACUGUACAACUUUUACUGAGUAACAGAGCGGACAUUAAUUUAUGUAAGAAAAACGGAGCCAGUCCUCUCUUUAUAGCUUGUCAAAACGGACAUGAUAGCAUUGAACAACUUUUACUGAGUAACAAUGCAGACAUUAAUCUAUGUAUGGAGGACGGAGCCUGUCCUCUUUUUAUAACUUGUCAAAACGGACAUGAUAGCAUGGUACAACUUUUACUGAGUAAAGGAGCAGACGUUAAUUUAUGCAAUGAAAUCGGAGCCAGUCCUCUUUUUAUAGCUUGUCAAAACGGACACGAUAGCACUGUACAACUUUUACUGAGUAACAGAGUAGACAUUAAUUUAUGUAUGGAGGACGGAGCCAGUCCUCUUUUUACAGCUUGUCAAAACGGACAUGAUAGCACUGUACAGCUUUUACUGAGUAAAGGAGCAGACAUUAAUUUAUGUAUGGAGAACAAAGCCAGUCCUCUUUAUAUAGCUUGUCAAAACGGACAGGAUAGCACUGUGCAACUUUUACUGAGUAAAGAAGCAAACAUUAAUUUAUGUAUGGCAGACGGAACCAGUCCUCUUUUUAUAGCUUGUCAAAACGGACAAGAUAACACUGUACAACUUUUACUGAGUAGAGGAGCAGACAUUAAUUUAUGUAGGAAGGACGGAACCAGUCCUCUUUUUAUAGCUUGUCAAAACGGACAUGAUAGCACCGUACAACUUUUACUGAGUAACAGAGCAAACAUUAAUUUAUGUAAGAAAAAUGGUUCCAGUUCUCUUUUUAUAGCUUGUCAAAACGGACAUAAUAGCACUGUACAACUUUUACUGAGUAACAGAGCAGACAUUAAUUUAUGUAAGAAAAAUGGUGCCAGUUCUCUUUAUAUAGCUUGUCAAAACGGACAUGAUAGCACUGUACAACUUUUACUGAAUGAAGGAGCAGACAUUAAUUUAUGUAUGGAGGACGGAGCCAGUCCUCUUUUAAUAGCUUGUCAAAACGGACAUGAUAGCACUGUACAACUUCUACUGAGUGGAGGAGCAGACAUUAACUCGUGUAUGGAGGACGGAGCCAGUUCCCUUUUUAAAUCUUGUCAAAACGGACAUGAUAGCACUGUACAGCUUUUACUGAGUAAAGGAGCAGACAUUAAUUUAUGUACGGAAGACGGAGCCAGUCCUCUUUUUAUAGCUUGUCUAAACGGACAUGAUACCACUGUACAACUUUUACUGAGUAGAGGAGCAGACAUUAAUUUAUGUAUGGAGGCCGGAGCCAGUCCUCUUUUUAUAGCUUGUCAAAACGGACAUGAUAGCACUGUACAACUUUUACUGAGUAACAGAGCAGACAUUAAUUUAUGUAUGGAGGACGGAGCCAGUCCUCUUUUCAUAGCUUGUCAAAACGGACAUAAUAGCACUGUACAACUUUUACUGAGUAACAGAGCAGACAUUAAUUUAUGUAUGGAGGACGGAACCAGUCCUCUUUUUGUAGCUUGUCAAAACGGACAUAAUUGCACUGUACAACUUUUACUGAGUAAAGGAGCAGACAUUAAUUUAUGUAGGGAGGACGGAGUUAGUCCUCUCCGUAUAGCUUGCGAAUGCGGUCAUGAUGCCACUGUACAACUAUUACUGGAUCAUGGGGCAGAUAUUAAUUUAUGUAAUAAAGACGGAGUCAGUCCACUUUACAUUGCGUUUGCUUGGAGACAAUACAAAACUGUCAAUACCUUAUUAAAAAGGAAUGCAGACACUAGACUUUCAAGUGGCCUCAAUCCUACUUAUUUGGAUUUGGUUGAUAAAAAUGAUAGCACCAUGGUUUUUUUGCAACGAAAAGACAACAUUUAUAAUAACAUAUAUGACCCGGAUUCAUAUUUUUCCCUUUUUGUAUUCUCUCACGUUGAACAAAUGUCGAGAGCAUUAUUUUUUAUUCAUUUUUAUAAUUCAUAAUCUACUAAAUAUCUGUUAUGAUAUUG